AUGUCGUUACUCAUAACUAUAACAUGUUAUGUUACUAUAUAUAUUGGUAUUUUUAUUUAUAUAUUUGGAUUUUUUGGUAGUUUACUUAAUAUUUGUAUACUAUUUUCAAAUCGAAAUAAUCCAUGUACAUUUUUAUUAAUUUAUUCAUCAAUAAUUGAUUGUAUUGUUCUUAAUAUUGGAUUAUUACCUCGUAUUUUUGCUGUUGGAUUUAAUACUGAUCUUACAUUAUCGAAUCUUUUAUGGUGUAAAAUUAGAACUUAUUUACUUCGUAUAUCAACAUUAAUUUCACUUUAUAGUAUUUGUUUAAUGUCAAUUGAUCGAUUUUUUAUUAGUUGUCGAACAGUACGAUGGCGACAAUUAAGUAAUAUUCAUUUUGUUCGUUGGAUAACAUUUUUCAUGAGUUGUAUUAUUGCAAUUGAAGGUCUACCAUUUUUCAUUCUUACUAAAAUUCUUCAAACAAAUACAAGUACAAGUUGUACACCAAUGUAUAAUUCAAUAUUUUCUAAAUAUGCAUCAUUUUUUUGUAUACCUAUUCUUUAUGGUAUACUUCCAUUAUUUAUAUUGAUUGCAAUGAGUAUUUUAAUUUAUUAUAAAUUACAUAAUCGAACUCAUCUACGAAGAGUUCAACGUUCUUUAACAUUGAUAAUAUUUCUUCGUAUAUUACUUGCUUUAAUAUCUUGUGGUCCUUAUACAUCAUAUUUUGUUUAUUCAGCUAUUGUUAUUUUACAAAUAUCAACAAAAUCUAUUGAAAGAAUAGCAAUAGAAAAUUUUAUGUUAUCUAUACUUAGUGUUUUUCUUUAUAUUACUUAUUCUUCAUCAUUUUUUGUGCAUUUAUCUAUAUCAUCAACAUACCGGAAACAAUUAAUUGAUUUAUUUAAAUAUUAUCAAGGUAGAUAUAGAAAUGUCAUUCAACCUGUGCAGAUGGUUUGA